ACUGUUAAUCGUUAUUCCCCGGUGUUUUAUGUUGCAAGUGUUAUUUAUGCGAAUAAUAAGUUCAAAUCAACUGUGAUUAACAAAAAAAGAAGUGGAGAUCACAAGGCAAGUUUGACGUAUUUUUAAAAAGGGUUAGUUGAACUGCGCAUGAGCAUGAAGUGUAUACAUUUUCAAGAUUCCUAUUUUGAACCCUUAAUUUUUCCUGAGUGAAUGAAGCACAUAAUACACGAAUGAAGAGUGAAUUAUUAAACUAACGAACAGAUUGUGUGUUUGUUAAUCAACGAGGAGACGAACAGUCAACAACAGCCGUACAUAUGUACAAAGAGGGGGAUGUUGCGUGUACAUACAAGGCAUACAUACUCUAGCACGAUCAUAUGUGAAAACGAAAAAGGAGGGAGAGAAACAUAACACCCCGAGAAGACGCGCAACGCAAGCAAAUACGACGCAGAAAGAACGAGAGUGCGCUGACACGUACGAAACAUCGCGACGCUCGCGAUUUAACCUCAUUCAGAUCUGUGGAAGGAAGGAUACACCAUUUCCCGUGAUAUCGAACGCAGCCCAAGAUGCUAGGGCUGCUGUUACUAGUGGCACUUGGGGCAUCGACGCUCGCUUAUAACGGCGAACUGGUGGAGCAGGAGUGCCCCGUGGACUGCCAUUGCCAUUAUUUUCGCGUCAACUGGGUGACCGACUGUUCCGAAAGCAAUUUGACCAGCAUCCCUUACGAGGAGCUUAGCCCUAAUGUCUACAUUCUCGAUAUGAAUGGUAACAACAUCGUGCAGGUCGGUCCGUUUCCCCAUGCGAUCAAGCUGAGACGUCUCCAGGUGGCGCAUAACAGAUUGACCGAACUGAAAUACGAAUCUUUCGCCGGAUUAACUUAUCUAUUGGAAGCGGAUUUCUCGUACAACGCGAUCACUCAUGUCGAUCCGGAGGCAUUCAGGGAUAAUCCAGGUUUCAUUACCCUGGAACUGCAGCACAACCCGUUGGAAGAGGUGAAGGGUUACUUUUUAAAUUCUCGCACCCUGCUGUACCUUGAUUUGAAUUCCUGCGGUAUCCGCCAGCUGAAUACGCAAUUUUUCCACCACACGUCGAACCUGAACAAGCUCGACCUGUCCCACAACCCGCUCGGUAGCAUAGAACCUGGCCCGUUCGAUCAUCUGAUCAGUUUGGAGUACCUGAAGCUGAACGCGUGCAACCUGACCCACAUAUCCUCGGACGCGUUUGCUCAUUUGGAAAAUUUACGCGAGCUGGAGAUGGCGGAGAACGAUCUGCGUUCGUUAAGCUGGACGAACGUGUUGGCCCCGUUGGUCCGACUGGAAUACCUGAACAUCAGAAACACCGGUAUCACAAACUUGCCAGGCGACGCCUUCGCUAAAAACCUGUAUCUCCGACAGCUAGUGUUGGCGGAUAAUGAAUUAUGGCAUUUGGACGUGGGGAAUACUUUGGGCCACAAUCUGCACAGUCUUCAAUCGUUGGAUCUCUCGAAUUGCAACCUGCAGGAUCGUUUGUCAGAGGAAGCGUUCAGAAACUCGAGCAAAUUGCGCGUGCUGAACCUCAGCGGUAACCCAAUGUUCGCUGCUGACCUAACCGUCGUCCUACGCCACUUGCCGAAGCUUCACAAACUUUCAUUAAGCAACUGCAGCCUGCGACGUCUGCCGAACGCGUUCCACGUGUUCGAGCACCUGGAGGAACUCGAUAUAUCUCACAAUCCUCUGUCGGAUGCUUUCGUCAGUCUCUUGAACCCGCUCGAGUCGUUGGAAUACUUAGACAUGUCCUACUGUGACCUGGGUUACGUUGGAAACAAGACCUUCUCUCACAUGACGUCUCUGAAGAGACUGAUCCUCUCUGGAAAUAAAUUGCACACUCUCGAAGAGGGAUUGUUCGCGAAUCUGACGAGAUUGGAGAGUCUAGAAUUGAACAACUGCGAUUUGAAGAUUCCCGUCGAUCCAAAGGUGUUCGGCGAUCGUACGAGUACGGAUAUAAUCGAGCUGAAGCUCAGUGGAAAUCCAUUGGAGGUACCAGAGGAUGGCGCUCUCCUUCCCGAACAAUUAUCCAAUCUAGAGAUCCUCGAUCUUAGCAAUUGCAACCUGGUGCAUCUGAACGAGAAUCUGUUCGAGAGAACGAAGAACAUCACCCAGUUGAACCUAUCCGGUAACAACAUAUCCGGCGCUGAGAAUCUGGCAUGCUUGAAGAAGCUGCGCGCGUUGGAGCAUCUGCAACUCAGCAACAACAAUCUCACCAGCGUCGCUCCGAAAGUGUUCAGAUCGAAUCCCCGUCUACUGAGCGUGAACCUCCUAGGGAAUCCGUUCGUCUGCAACUGCACGAUCGCCGACAUGUGGAACUGGGCGGUACAGAUCAAGAACGACCUCCACGUGUUGGUAGGCAGCCAACCGGCCAACUUCGAGACCGGUGCAGCGAAAUUAAGGAAGAGCCUGACCUGCACUUACGACGAGGAAACCCAUCGCAAGGUCUUGGAGAAAGCGCGCGAGAGCGGUGAUCAGCGUAGACUUAGAAAGGGUGACCUCAUUCCCACUCGUACCUGGGCGAAAUACGUUCGCGAGUCGAAUUGCGGUCGUAGUUCAUGAUAUAAGGUAUACAGAUUUCAACAUCCGAUACUGAACGUCUAUAACGACAAGCCGCGUAGACUGAGAGCCGAUCUUUAAACGCGUCUUGUCGAUGACGAAGCGUACCAUCCCGCAUACAAAACACAUACAGCAUACAGGUACACGCGACUCGCUCCGCGAUAUUAUCGGAGCGUAACUUCAUUAAAAUAUCCCGGCAUUCAAAACAUAUGUGUAUACCCUUCCUUCGAUAGCUAUACGAUUUUAUUUUUGUAGUAGAGAUUACGAUUUGGCGGUAGUACGCGCACGCUAAACAUCGGGAUGUUGAAAUAUUUUGUAACUUCGAUUAACGGUUAAGGACACGCGAUCCAUCGGGUUCUGUUUGUUUUGUUGGAACCGAAGUAAUCUAUUCUGAGCGAAUCAUUAUCUUCGUAGAAUCUAUGGCGACGUCGCGCGUCCGGCUAUCGUACGUGUUUCAUUGUAAUCAAUCAUUUUCAUCCGCUUAUGUUUAUAAAACAUUUGUAUCAUCGUGUAACGAAACGCUUAGAUGCUCGAAUGAAAUUCGAGAAUAGAAUUUACAGUCUCUCGGAUGGUUAACGCGUUGAUUGUAACGGAAGGUGCUACGUUUUCAAUGCUCGUCGGAACAAUCAAAGAUUAAUGAAUGUAAAUCAACCUGAUUCAUACUCCGUCGACGUUUCUACAUUUUGAGAAUGUUAAAAUGAUGUUCAAAUGUUUUCGUUCUUAAAACGCAGAUUCGAGCUGUUCAGGUUGAAGAUUUUUCAUUGUUCCGACGACGAUAGCUCCGUAUUUUCAAUUAAUCUCGUUAAUUUACCUCGUCGACGAAAUCAGUGCUAUUCUCUUUCGCUCGGGAAAGCGCUCGUUCGCGCAAACAUUCGGAUACUAAAAUUUAACGGAGUAUGCAAACAGACGCGACGUUCUUGAUUGUAAUUGACGACGGUAGAACAAGGCUAGACGAGAGAGAAGAGACUGGGAAAUUUACGUUAACGGUUGUCUUUAGAUUCGCUGCUUCUCGCGUCCAUGACGAAGUUUAUGAAGUUACCGAAAGUUGGACCUUCGUCGUACCUAACUGAAUGUAGAUUUAACGUUAAAACGAACAUGGAGUCGCGUUAAUUCUCACAAGCGUGUGCUCGUGGUUAACAAAGAAACUUGCUCGCAUGCUCGUGUAUACAUUGUACCCGUUAUUUUUGUUAUUACAUAUAUACGAGCAUGCGUUAACAUUAAGUUAUGGACGUCGCCAGGUAUAUCCUUCUCCCUAAAAACUCAUUAGUUCAAAUUAUUAAUCCUUCACUGAGUAGAGAUUAAUCCUUCACUUUUUUAUUUGUAUUUCACAAUUUUAUUCAUGUGAUAUACUUACAUACUCUUUAAGGAUCUAAUUAAUCUCACUCUAUUACAUUGUUACCAGUAAAGGAUAGCUACUCUUAUUAUAUUUACAAAUUCUUCAUCGUUUAUUCGUUGUACUAGGUAUAUUUAUUGGGUUCGAACGUUUAUAUAUAUUUAUUAAGUCUAAAGCAUUUUUUGUUACUUCACUAAUUAGCGAUAUGAGCGAUAAAAUUAGGUUUGCUUUUUAUGUAUCUAAGAAUGAGAUUCUGUAUCUCCAUUUUUCAACCAGAAAGUGUUCUCUGGCGGUGUUCAUGUAUAAAUUAGGAUACCCUUAUGGUACUUUGAUUUUCAUUCUUGGACUAUGCCGGGUUAGACAGUUUUUUAUUUUUAUGUUCGCAGUACAUGUACGUUGUGUUUCUUGAAAGUACGGGUAGGUGAAUCGGAUUUUCAGUUUCUUUGUCACUGUUAGGGGAAACAUGAAUUAGAUCAAGUGCCGAUACGAUUUCACUACAUUCAUGAAAUGUAUAAGACUGUAUUUAAUAAAGGAGUCAUUUUUCUUGGUAAA